CUUAAUACGUUAAUAGCGGGUAUUACGAGGAUUAGUUUCGGCCUAAGUAAGGAAAUCGUUAUCCUAAGUAUAAUAGAAGUAGAGACGUACUUCGGAACGAUGACUUUUUAUAUUUUGCCCGUUAAUACCCUAUUUCUCCUAUAUCUAAAAAACAUAGAUUAA